AAAAUUUUCUUUGGAAUCUCCAUAAUAGAACACCUCCCCACACUUCUCCAAAAGUACUGCUACCAAAUUCAUAGUUUACCACAUGUUCAUGAAAUUCCUGCCACAGCUUGUGCAUUUGCCAAUUGCUACAAAUAGCCCCGUCUCCGUAGGUCCCUUCUUCUGAAAAUCUCACAAUCUCUCCACAGCUUGGUUUCAGAUUCGCGAAGCUGGCUGUGUGCCAGAGGAGUUCGCAGCGUCGUUGGUGGUAGAUGGUUCGAGUUCUGAGAAUAGUGCGAAUGGUUUCGGAGUGACUUCUCACUCAUGGAGGACAUGGAUGCGUUGGUGAGAGGGGUGAUGCUGCAGAAUCCGGGGGUGGGGCUCGGAUCUAUCAGGUUUCUGGGAUCGGAAUGGGUGUGGGUUGCGAUUCUAGCUACCGUUGUGAUUGCGGUCUUCUCACUGACGAGGGUGAGUGUUGUGAGCGUGGGCUGGUCAUGGGGAGCCAAGCCGGGCCAUGUGCGACUGCGGCUGCUCUCGUUCUCCUCCAUGUCCGAUGGCAGCAUUGUCACUGCAAGCGGGAUGUUCAGUGCCAAAAUGUUGAGCUGCUCCUCAGAUUCCUGCAACGAAGCUGCUUCGAACUCCUCGACUUGUGCAUCGGAAGCCGCCAGCAAAGUGGCUGCGGAAAUGUUCUUCAUCUUCGAGAAGAAGACUUCGCCAUGCUCCCUGCUGCCCAAGAAGGAACCCUUCGCUGGUCGCGUUCUCUCUGAGAAGAUUGUUUUAAGGCGAACAAAAUCUGCGGGCUCUCGGACGAUCGCAGACAAAUCCUUGUUAGUUCCUCUUCAACGCAUUGGAAGUACGGCACCGGUUGUGAAGCGCGAGGGAGUCGACUGGGAUGUGUCGCCAGCUUUCCUCCCAUCUCGUAAUGCCGAUUACAUCUUACUCUUCUGGGCGCAAUCUCUCACGGAGCCCUUCGCAUGCACAGCUCCUCCCUCUCUCUCAUGUACAGUCUCUAAACCUUCGUCUUAUGAAUGGGAUCCUCUCUUGAAGCUUAGAAUACGCGACGCCGUCUUCAGUGACCGUCACCCUGUCUACCAAUUGGGAGAAACAGGAUCCCUAAUCAGAACAAGCCGGGCGAACGAUGUAGUCAGAUUAUGGGACAGUAAGACCGAAUCCACUCUGAAGAUGCUUCACCUCCCGAACAGAUUCUCCGGCGUGAUCACUGUUUUUGAUGUGAAUUGGGAGCCGAAAGUUGCCGUUCUCGGAAACGUCGGGGGAUUGGUCUGCAUUGCAAAUCUCGUGUGUCCCACAUUCGAGAAGAUCUACCAGACAUACCACUCCGUGAUGCAGUGCGUCCACUUGGACAGAAGCGAAGCAUCCAAUACAUUGUUUACAGGCGGACCAGUAACGGCCAAUCCUGGGUGCACCGUUUCGUUGUGGGAUAGGAGGGCGAACAGCAGGCAAAUGUCACUCAACUUGAGCUCCGCUAGCACCUUUUACGGUAUCGGAUCCCAAGAUCACGAGCUCUACGUGCGAGACGGAGCCGUCUCGCUCGUUGUUCACGACGUGAGAAUGCUGAGUCCGUCCUGCUUGAGGAGAGUUCCAUGUGACUUGAGCUACGAAAGCGCUUCAAACCACAGAUGGAGGGAUGUUGCCGUGGCUGUCAAGGCCGCGAACGGAGAUGUCGAUGCAGAAUUCUGGAACUACCAAGCUGCUAACGUAGGGAAGACCACCUCGGUGACUUGCGUGGGCAGCGUUGUUGCAGCCUUGAGCCGCAACCUCACCGUUAAGUCACCAUCCAUGUGAAAACCCUCACAGAUGGCAGCAAACCUCUUCUUUUUCUGUUAGGGCUGACUCUUCAUCUCACUGCUCUGCCAUCGUACUGCUCCCAUCCAAGCCUCACGAUACCAGUAUCGAUCGCAAGUUGAACACAGGAACCUUAGUUAUUCGACACUCACUCGGGUUGUAGCCUCGAGACGAUGUUUCGCCCCACCCCAUCAAUUAGCAGUGGGUAAAGGUGUGAUUCUCGCACACCUGGAGGCUGUGAACUUCCUUGGGCUUCCAGUAGGGGGAUGGAUUGAUAGCAAGUUUUUCCCUCAGGAGCUGUUUCUACGACGACCGGUCUUCGAUUCAGUCGGCAAAUUGCUCCGGUGGAUGUUUGUAAUGAACACCGACGACGAGUCAUCUCCCUUGUUCUGUCGUAGACGUCAUCAGGCCCAUGAAAAGUCAGCUCCCUGGCGAUGGAGGGACGUUUGCAGCUCAACAUCUCCACCGCACCGUCUUUCCUGUUCCUGCAACACCAGAAUCUCUUGUGCAGCAAACCUUUCAAUCCAUUCCGUUCAUGUGUUUCUUCAGACUUCUACUGCCGGAGUCUUUCCAUCUGUGUGUUUGCUUCUUCUUCUCCAAUCAUGUUUCGUGUUACCUCGUCGGUGAGCUUCAAAGUUCAGUGACCAGUGGCGAUGGCGAUGGCGGCAUUUCCGAGGCUGCAAAACGACGUCCAGUUUGAAGCCGAAACCCAAACUCUGGGUACCAAUUGGAGUAUUUUCCCUUGAUUUUUGUUUUCAGGAGGGAUAAUUGAUAGCACGCUUUGUUUUUCAUUAAUGAUUUAUUUAUUUAUUUUAGAGGUGUCACAAAUUCAUUCUUAUAUUAUUAUUACCAGUAUAGACUGUACUUGUGAUUGAGUUUUGAUCUCCCAAUUUAGAAUUUCAAAAAACAUAGGUUCGAUAGUUUUCAACCUAACACUCAGCUAGGUGAACAUAUUCCUGAAUUGUCUACAACGAAAUUUCUAGUCUUAAAUUGAAAUCAAAUUUUUUUGACCUAAA